UCGGCGAUUGGCGGAGCGGCGGCGCGCCUCCUCGCUCCACAAGGUGAGCAGGUCUCGGCUGGCGGCUGGCGGCUGGCGGCUGGCGGCUGUCCCACUGUACCACGAGCCGGAGGCCCCAGUGACCGCCUGCUUCCUCGAGCUUCAGCAGUCUGCACUAGACGACGGUCGGCAUCCGCAUCCAGCGACUCGGAGAUCUACUCCGCCAGCUGAACUUUCACGGAGGAAUCGCCUCUGCUGAUCAGCCAUCCCCACAGAGAUUGAGGAGAGGCCGUGAUGUGGCUGGCUGGGCAGCUGGCGGCAGCGGCGAAGAGGGCGGCGAGGAGCUGCCGGAUGCUGCUGGGGGCGGCGGCGGUGUCGGCGACCAGCAGGGAGGUGUCCAGAACACAGGUCGCCAGGGACCUCUGCUCUGCUGCCGGACACCCGCCACGUAUCCUCAUCACAGGGGGGCUGGGUCAGCUAGGCACCGAGCUGGCCAAGUUCCUGAGGAGCAAAUACGGCGCGGAGAACGUCAUCCUCUCCGACAUCAUAAAGGCCAGCGACGAGGUCGCCAAAUGCGGGCCGUACAUAUUCGCUGACAUCCUGGACUUCAAAGGCUUACAGAAGAUCGUCGUCAUGUACCGCAUCGACUGGAUUAUACACUUCAGCGCUUUGCUGAGCGCCAUUGGAGAACAGAACGUACCGCUCGCAGUGAGGGUGAACAUAGAAGGUGUACACAAUGUCAUUGAACUGGCAAAACAGUACAAACUGAAGCUGUUUGUUCCAAGCACUAUUGGUGCUUUUGGUCCAGAAUCACCUCGCUUACCUACUCCAAAUGUGACCAUACAACGACCAAAGACGAUAUAUGGUGUGUCAAAAGUUCAUGCUGAACUUCUUGGAGAAUACUAUCAUCAUCGGUUUGGUUUGGAUUUCAGAUGUCUUCGUUUUCCUGGUGUAAUUUCAAGUGAUCCCCCUGGAGGUGGCACAACAGAUUAUGCUGUGGCUAUCUUCCAUGAAGCCCUGAAGAAUGGGAAAUAUGAAUGUUACCUUCGACCGGAUACUCGCCUCCCUAUGAUGCAUAUCAAUGAUUGCAUGCAAGCAUUAUGGCAAUAUAUGAUUACACCGGAUGAGAAACUAAAACGACGAGUUUAUAAUGUGACUGCUAUGAGUUUUACACCAGAAGAAUUGGCAGAACAUGUUGCCAAACAUGUGCCGGGAUUUCAAAUAACAUACAAACCUGACAGUCGGCAGAACAUAGCUGACUCCUGGCCACAAGUAUUUGAUGAUUCAGAAGCGCGUUCUGACUGGGGAUGGAAGCACAAGUAUGAUAUUGAAGAUCUAGUCAGCUUUAUGAUUGCAGAUGUCAAAAAGAACUACAUAAGGCAAAAUUAAUGCCCACUUUCAAAUAGGUUCCUUUUAUUUUGGGAUUGAUACAAACUGAUACUGUCUUGUGCAAUUAGUUAGCAGGAUGGACAUUUUUAUACUGUCUUUUGUCUAUUGUAUGUAUUUAGAAAACUGUGUAAAGUAGUUAAUGAAUGUAUUUUAAGUUUACUAUUUAUGUGAAAUAUAAAAAUAUAAGAAUAAUUUAUUUGUUAAUCCUUCUGUUGUGAUUUUUAACGACAUUUCUAACAAGCAGCAUGAGAGUACUCCAGUAAAAUUUCUCAAGCUGAAAAUGCAUGAAGCAAUUACUUGAUUCAUCUUACUGUAAAUUAAAAGAGUAUGUAGGUAUUCGAGAAUUUUAUAAAUAAAUUUAGAGACAUUCUU